UAUGAACUCUAAAGUAUUUAAACCAGCCUCUUUUCACUGGCAAAGUUUCCUCAUGCCUUUCCUUUCUAGCAUUUAUUACCUGAAAUCCUGCCUCCUGAUGCCUACCUGCCUGCCUGUCUGACCCUUUGCCUGAUCCUGGGGUCUUGACCUGUGUCACUUUGCAGCUGAAGUUGCUGUUGCUGAUGGCCCUGCCAACCGUUUCCUCAGCCAGCAAGAACAAGAAUGAACUAGUCCUGCUGAACCCAAGUCUGGGGGACAGAGUUCCUAAGAUCACUGAUAACCAAUUGACAAAUCAUGCUAUUAAGGUUAGGAGAGUUAAUGUUCUCAAAGCGACUGAGAAUAACGUGGACCCGUCCUCCUCACUCAAGGUUGAUCAAACCAACCUGGAAUGGCAGACCUUUGAUGGCUCUCUCCCCAACGGAGCAGUUUCAAUCUACAACGGAUACGUUAGACGCACAGACUACGUUUGCAAAUACGGGCGCGAGGCCGGCUUCUAUAAUCCUGACAAGGGUCCUCACUGCCUCUACCCGUAUGGAGAGAAAGAGCUCCGUGGCUCUCCAUUUGAGAUCUUGGUAAACAAAGACAACUUUGAGUUCUUAGAAUGGAAGGAUGGCUCCUAUGGUUCAGUGCCUGAGAAUGCUGUCAAAACUGGCCCUGACAGCGAUGUAUAUGUUGGAAAAAACAAGUAUGGUCUUGGAAAGGUACAUGUUAAAAAUAAGGCCUUCUUCCUUCCAUGGGAAGGUGAUGAGUAUUGGUACAAGAGCUACCAGGUCCUGACCAUUAACAAAGAUGUAAUCAGCGAGGACAUAUCUGAUGUCAAGUAUAAGACUGAUGGGGUUAAAGUCAUUGAGUAUCCUCCAGAGACCAUGCACAAGUCUUUCCUCACCAACAAUGAGUGCCAGUCAGUUAGACAGACAACUACUCUCUCAAAGACAGCCCAAAAGGAGCAAAGGUGGGACACCAGCUUUUCAAUCACAUUGGGCGUUAAGACUACCAUCACUGCUGGAAUCCCCUUAGUCUUCUCCGGAGGUAUCGAGGUUGGCGCUGAAACGACCCUCCAGUUCACCAAGGGGACCACUUAUACAGAGUCGACCACCCACACUGUUUCUGUUGAGGCCAAUGUUCCACCAAACCACUCCUGCCGCGUCAGUAUGGUGGGCCAUAAGUAUGGGGCAGACAUCCCAUACACUGCACGCCUCAGCCGCACCUACAGAAACGGCGAGACUAGAUGGACAUCCAUCUCUGGGACCUACAAAAGUGUCCAAAUGGGAGAAGUCCGGGCUGUGGUGGAUCGUUGUCAACCUGUACCUGAUCCCACACCUGUUCCCGUAAUGAGAGCAGCUCCAUGAGAUAACAUGCUGAAUGUUCAUAACGAUGCAAUAAAAAGCUAAAAAUAAACCAACUUUAAUGUUUUAUACGCUUUGAUAUAUUUUGAGAGACAAUAAAACUACUUGUCAUUUUUCCAAGCAACAAAUUAAAUGUAUGUACAAUUGAAUUUCAUAUGUCAUUGUUUUGAAUAAAAUAAACUUAAAUGCAAACCAAAUCUGUUACAAUUGCUUAAAUAUUCAUGGACAUCCAUCUCUGGAACCUAUAAAAGCAUCCAAAUGAGAGAAUGGCUGUGGUGGAGCGCUGUGAACCUGUACCUAAUGCUAAUCCCUGUCACUUAAAAAAAGACUAAUGAAAGCGGCUUUGUGAAAUAUUAAACAUGACAUAUUGUAUGUCCAUGGCCUUGUAAUGAAAGGCUAAAAAUAAACCUGCUUUUAUGUUUUAUAUGCCUUAACAUAUUUUAUGGGUAAAAAAUUAAACUACUUGGCAUUUAAAUUUUUUUCAAGCAACA